GUAACCCCUCUCUAUUAUAUACACAAUGCUACGGUUCUUAGUACCAUUAUCACGACGUUCUCCUGCUUUAAGACCGAAAACUUUAUCACCACGACUUUCUACUACCUUUAUUCCAUUCCGACAACCAUAUGGAUCACAAUCAAAUGACGAUAAACUAUGGAAUGGAGCUACUGUGAAACAAGCAUCUAAUGAAGCUGGUAUCAAUAUCACUGAAAAUGCAUUGAAGCAACUCAAAUAUAUUGCAGAACGUGAUAAUGAUCCUACACAAUUAUUACGUAUCAUGGUCGACUCUGGUGGUUGUCAUGGCUUUCAAAACAAGAUGGAAUUGACUAAUACAACUGAUGAAGAUGAUAUUAUAUUUGAAAAGGACGGUGUUCGAGUUGUGGUGGAUGGUAUCUCUUUACAAUAUCUUCGAGGCUCCAAUGUUGAUUUUGUGGAAGAAUUGAUUGGAUCCACCUUUCAAGUAGUAGAUAAUCCCAAUGCAAAGAAUUCUUGUGGAUGCAAUAUCUCCUUUGAUAUAGAUUUGGAUAUGAUUACUCAAAAUUAGUUAGAAUUAGUCGUGUAUGAUCGUUUCUUCUUAGAUUCCCCCCUCUUUUUUUUUUUUUUUUU